GAUACUGGAGAUCCCCUUGCGGCAGGAAAUCACCAGGGGACUUAAAACUCCCGUGUGAUUUACUUAACACCUCAGUGUAACGACACUGUGCUCGAAACAUCUUGUGGAUGUAGACUGAAUUACCCGAGGAUCCAGAACUUCCUUAUUGCUAUGGGGAAUACAGAGAGUGGGCUUACUCGGAUAUUUGAGGGCACUCAGCCAAUAGAGUGUUCUCCACGCGUAGAAGAGAGUGACUUCCAGAGAAUCAUCCAGUCUGGGGUGACAGAAAAAGACCGGCGUGUGCUGAGGGGCGGGAUGACCCUGCUAGGGGAACACCCUUCCUGGGUGUGGAAGAAUGCUGUUGUCCGCUGUAUAGGCGACGACAUUGACUUCAGUUUUUACUGUGGCGGCUGCACCAACCGGUUCGUGGUAUGUUUUGAUGGCCACGACGAGGUGAGGAAACAAUGCAACAACACCAGCUGGGCACUCUACCUCUAUAAUGGCGCUCUGCACAUUUGGGGAAAUCUAAAACAGCUGGCGUCUCUUGGAGCUCCUGCGGCGCUGAAGGCAAUCAUGAGGCCGUGAAAUGUUCUUGACUAUAUCAUGGCAAAUUCUAUAUCACGUGGGGGAAAUUAUCUAUCUUAACGACGACUACACGAAUCCAUAGGAUUUGUGUCGUGUGACGAUAUAACAAUAUUAUCCACAUAAUCAGCAGUUAAAUAGAUAUUAUUUGUGUUCAUGCAUCUGCGUAGACUUCAAUAUAGAAGGUGUAUUAGGUUAAGGCUUUUAUGUGGCUUUAUGUGAAUAAUGCCUGGUGACUACAUUCCACACCAGCCUGGACCUUACAACUAACUGACUGGCUUACAGAGAAAGUCAUGCAGGAAAUACGUUGGUGAAUGUGUUUACAGCGGUAAAAAUACAGGACGGGGAACUAAUAGAUGAAGGGAGAUAACUUUGUUUUCCUGACUCUCCCAGUGAAUGAUAUAUAUGAAGUCCGCUCUGAACAAUUACGAACCAUUAUGAUCAUUCAGUAUCAAUCAAGUAAUUUUCCAGUAAGGCUGAGGCCCAACUUAUAAAGCCUUAAACUCAGCUCCUAAAAGCGGUUGUUCUCUGCUCUUUAUUAGACCCUAGGCAAACGAGGUCGCGUGUUCGAAUCCAGCUCUCACUGUUUCUAUCGCAACUUUAAGUCAUAGAGAUUCCGCCAGCUGUAAAUUUUACCACCUUUAAUUAAGUGAAAAUUCUUGAGCAAAACGAUAAACACCAAUUAGAUAGAUGAAUAACACAGUCUUUUCUGACACACUUUCCAGCACACAGCUAAAGUGCUCAUAGUUACACGUCUUAGCUCGCCCUGUGCCGGCAUUUGAUAUCCGCCAUCAGUGUGAACAGUGGUUAAAACUUGUGGUUAAAAGUUCAACAUUGAUUUGAAGUUCAUCAUUCUAACUUACACUUCAGUGUUCAAAAUUACGCUUUACUGAAGAUUGUUUGUGAAGUACCGACUAUAAAAUGGUAAUGUGAACUUCAUUUGUAAACGAGAACAUUAGACAUGUUAGAAAAAAGUGGGAAAAUAGGUGAUAUUCUGUAGCAGGCAUUCAUUCGUCAUAUUGGUUGAAGCAAAUGAUUUGCCAGUUCGAACGUUGCAGCAGACAUUUGUAUGCAAGUCAUCCACCAUAAUGGAUGAUCUGGGUAGAUAAUCGCAAGACCAGUUUCCAAAACAACAUUAAACGCAAGCAGAAUUAAAAAAUGUGUAAAUAUGCUCGUGUGUGAAGAUUUCUUAAAGAUUUAAACAGAUUAUACUGUUUCCAGGCUGUUUAAAUUUCUGUGGUAGUAAGCGAAGUAUCCAAAUCUGGAUGGGCCUCGACUGUCUAUAGCAGAACCGUCUCUGUACGUACGUUCGACUCUUUGUGUAAAGUCCCAGACUUGCAGUGUUUAACAGCUACAGCUUUAUUUUGUGCGGCAGCUAAUCUUACAAGCUUCGACAUACUGACACAGUUACGAUAUACUUUUACAAGUUUCCUGCUUCUCUUACCAAGACCAAACAAAUCAGUGGUGUCAUACAUUGUUAGUUAGACCUGCGCUUGCCGCGUCUUAAAAGAGAUCAUAUAUUGUGGAAAUGUAUGUUUGGAUGUACUGAGUUUAGCUUGGCUAA